GGUGUGCGUGGUUGUGCUUCAAUCAUAGUGACAUGGGCUGUUUAAAGUGUUGUUUGGCCCUAGUAUUUGUUGUGUUAGCAUGUGUCUUUGCAUCAAGCAGUCCAGAGAUACCAAAUACUGAUGAUACCAAACCACUAUGGAAUGCCACCUGGACAGAUAAGCUGAAGCGUAAGCUUUUAACACAUUAUGACAAGUUCUCGAGACCUGCACAGCACACUAAUGCAACUGUUGUCAAGAUGGUAUUAACUUUCCGACAUAUCGAACUUGAUGAGUUAAAAUCAGUGAUGACAGUGUAUGGCUGGAUGAGAAUGAUAUGGACAGAUGAGAAACUGAAGUGGAAUAAAACAGAAUGGGGUGGACUCCAUGAGCUACAUUUAGCUGAUCAUGAAAUUUGGCAGCCAGAUAUUAUCCUUUACAACAGUGCGUCAGGAUCAAGUAUCGAUCAUUACGGGAAUUCUCAUUGUGUUGUGUUUCCAACUGGAGAAGUCAUCUGGGUACCCCCUGCACAGUUUCUUGUCUUCUGUGAUCUUGACCUUCGUCUGUGGCCAUAUGAUACACAGACCUGUCAUUUAACACUUGGCUCUUGGACUUAUGAUGGAGAUCAAGUGGAUCUGCAACUUGGUGUACCAUUUGAUGGUUUUGAGGAGUUGCAGAUGGACCUGUGGAAUACAAAUUCUGAAUGGCAGAUAGUGGAUGUAAAAGGAAAUCGAGCUGAACAGUAUUACUCAUGUUGUACAGAACCAUACAUUGACAUCACAUACAACAUCACUCUCCGUCGACAAUCUCCUGCUUACUCUGCCAUUGUGAUCACACCAGCUGCAGCAAUUGUUCUGAUGACACUGGCAGGAUUUUGGUUACCUCCAAAUGCAGGAGAAAAGAUUUUGCUCAACAGUUGUACAGCAAUAAUUAUAUGCCUGUUCCUGCUGUAUUUUUCUCAGAAGUUACCUGCAAUGGCAGGAAACACACCAUUAGUAGUGCUCUUUUACAGUAGCUCACUGCACCUUGUGAUUUUGUCACUGGUGGUGACUGUUGUUGUCCUAAACCUAUCACGCAAUUGCUACAGCAUUCCAGUUCCAUGGGUGUUGCAAUCAUUGCUCCUUGGUUGGCCAGGCAGAAUGUUAGGGCUACAUCACAUUGUCUUGCUGGUACCAUCAACAGAAGACCGCCAUGAGAGCUGUUCAGGAAUGGAAGACAGCAGCAUUGAAGCCUCAAGUAGCGGGGGCAAUGUGAGCAUUGGUGAUGACAGCCGACGUGUUCUGACACGUACAUCCUCACAUCGACGCCAUCAAGUUAACUGGAUUCUUCUAGCAAUAGCUAUUGAUCGCUUGUGCUUUCUGCUCUACUGUCUAUUGUUCAUCAUACUUGCAACAGUGUACUCUGUGUAGUGUGGAAUCUUCACAUCGGUAAUGUGACUAUUUUGUCUUGCAGUGGCCAGUGUCAGCUAUGGGAAAAUGAGUUCUCACAAACAGUUUACCCAGUACAAAUAUAAACUGUGUGUUUACAGAGAUAGUGUGUCUCAAACAUUUUGAAUUUCAUUCUCAAAUUCAUAAUUAUUCGCUUGUGUCUAUGAGCACCUGCCUUCAAACAGUCUUUGAAUAUAUUUCACUGCUAAUAGUGGUACUUGUUUGUUGCAUUAACUUAACAAAUACUGAAAUUCAGUGUUGUGUAUUAUUGUGACUGUUUCAUUACAUCUGUGCUUGGAUGCAGGUAAUUCUGCUCAUCCAGAUACUGCAA